CGAGUUGUCCGUGUGUUUCAUCUUCCUCGAGUGCUUUUGAUGGAAGCAGAUAAAGGUAAAGUAUGUGUUACAGGAGGUACUGGAUUCCUUGCUUCAUGGUUGAUCAUGAGGCUUCUCGAACAUCGAUAUUCAGUCCACGCCACUAUUAGACCUCACCCUGAACACAAGAGGGAUGUUAGCUUCUUGACAAGCCUGCCAGGAGCGUCGGAGAAACUCCAAAUCUUCGAAGCUGAUCUGAGUGUCCCAGAAAGUUUUGAAGCAGCGAUUAAAGGAUGCAUUGGUGUAUUUCAUGUAGCUACUCCAGUAGAUUUCGAAAACAAAGAACCUGAGAAUGUGAUUGUCAGAAGAACAAUCGAUGGAACAUUAGGGAUCUUAAAAGCAUGUUUGAACUCCAAGACAGUGAAGAGGGUUGUGUACACUUCCAGUGCAUCAGCAGUUGCAUUUAUCGACAAGGCUGUGGACACAAUGGAUGAGAGCUUUUGGAGUGAUGUGGAUUUCAUCAAGUCCUUGAAGUCUCCCUUUGGUCCUUACCUGAUUUCGAAGACAUUAACAGAGAAGACAACUCUUGAAUUCGCAGAAGAACAUGGGUUAGAUCUUGUGACAGUAAUUCCUUCUUUUAUAGUUGGUCCCUUUAUUUGUCCUAAAUUCCCUGGUUCAGUACACACAGCAAUGUCUAUGAUACUGGGUGAGAGGGAGCAAUAUGCUGCUUUGCUCAAUGUAUCAAUGGUGCACACAGAUGAUGUGGCAAGAGCACACAUAUUUCUCUUUGAAUAUCCUGAUGCAAAAGGGAGAUUCAUUUGUUCUUCACACACCAUCACCAUUGAAGAGAUGUCUAAAUUUCUUUCUGCAAAGUAUUCAGAGUUCCCAAUACCAGAAGUGGAAUCCCUGAAGGAUAUUAAGGGCAUUAGAACCCCUGGAUUGUCUUCACAGAAACUGUUGGACUCUGGUUUUGAAUUCAAGUAUGGGCUAGAUGAGAUGUUCGAUGGAGCAAUCAAAUGCUGCAAAGAGAAGGGCUACCUCCAGUAAUUGUAGGAAUAUCUUAGCCCGUGUAUAUUCUCUGUUUACAGAAUGCUAUCGAUGCUUAAUAUAUAAUGGCACUGUAGAUUGCAAAGGAUGUUGGAUCCAUCAGUCCAACAAAUCCGUGUGCAAUUUGGAAGUUGCUAUUACAAUAAUAUAUUGCUUUGAUCACAA